AUGGCUUCGCCCGCUUCCCCAGAGGCUCCUCCUCCAGCGUUUCCGCCCGCUCCCCCAGAGACGACUCCUACCACGGCUUCGCACGCUCCCCCAGAGACUCCUCCUCCAGUGACUCCUCCUUCAGCAAUUCCAUUCAACUUCCCAGAAACUCCUCUUUUAGUGACUCUGCCUACCCCUCCUCCAGCUUCUCCACCACCUGACCCAUUCCCUGCCCUGUGGCUGCCUCCCAGGCCUCCUGACCCAGUCGCUACCCUGAAGUGGUUUCCUGAACACCCACCUGAUCUGCUCUGGUCUCCUUGGUCUCUUAGCCAUCCCCCUGAUCUGCUCUGGUCUCCUUGGUUUAUAGGUCGUCCGCCUGAUCUACUCUGGUCUCCUGGCCGUCCGCCUGAUCUGGUCUGUGUCAGUGUGCUGCAGUGUUGGCAGAACGUCAGUGUGGCAGAUGUGUCUCUUUCUGCAAGCUGCCAUCCUCUGACCUGCUCUCUGGAUGAAAAUGAUGAACUGUGGAGCUCACUGGAAGAGCCAGAGAUAAUAAACACCAAAGAGUUUGCGGAAAGGUUUGCCAAAUCCACAACGCCCACCAAAAGAAUGGUCGUGUCUGAGACCAAUGUGAAGAAAGGCAAAGCGAAGAGGGUUAUCAAGCUACUAGAUGGCAAGCGCUCUCAUGCCGUGGGCAUCUUAAUCUCAAGUCUCCACCUGGAGAUGAAGGACAUCCAGCAAGCUGUUUUGACUCUGGACAACUCAGUGGUUGACUUGGAUGCUAUUGAAGCACUGUAUGAAAAUAGAGCUCAGCCUGAAGAGCUAGAGAAGAUUAAAAAACACUAUCAAACUUCAGAUGAGGAGCAGGUCAAACUAUUGGACAAGCCUGAACAGUUCCUUUAUGAACUCUCCCAGAUUCCUGAAUUCUCCAGUCGAGUUCACUGUUUCAUUUUUCAUUCGAACUUUACUGAUGCCAUUGCCUCAAUCCAGCGCAAGACAGAGAUUAUUCUCCACGUCUGCAAGUAUCUAUUGGAGAAAGACAGUGUGAGGGAGGUGAUGGGGCUGGUGCUUGCUCUAGGAAACUACAUGAAUGGAGGGAGCAGAGCUCGAGGUCAGGCAGAUGGCUUUGGGCUUGAGAUUCUUCCUAAGCUUAAAGAUGUCAAGAGCAGGGACAAUCGCACAAGCCUGUUGGAUUACAUUGUUUCCUACUAUCUGCAUCACCUUGAUGAGAAUGCUGGGACGGAAAAGAGUAUCUUUCCAUUGCCUGAACCUCAAGAUGUUUUUCUUGCCUCUCAAAUAAAGUUUGAAGACCUCUCAAAGGAUCUGAGAAAGUUGAGCAGAGACUUGGCAGUUUGUGAAAAGGACGUCCUAACUGUGUGUACUAUCUCAUCUCAAGAACACAUGCAUCCAUUCAAGGAGAAAAUGGACUUUUUUAUUGCUAACGCACAAAAAGAGGUAAUUGCUAUGGAACACCAAGUGAUAUCAGCACGUAAAAGGUUCUGUUACCUGGUGGAGUUCUUUGGGCUGAAGCCACGUUCUGGAGAGCAAGAGAUUUUGCCUGGCCAUGUUUUCACACUUUGGUUUGAAUUCUGUAAUGACUUCAAGAUGAGAUGGAAGAGAGAGAACAAGGUCAUGUCCAAACAGAGACUCAAAGAGGCCCAACAGUCAGUGCGCACCAUUACAGCAGUGAAGAAAAUUGAGACCAGAAUGGCCCAUGCAAAUGGACUGAAAGAGAGAGUACGUCUGAAAGAAGCAAGUCUGACCACCAACUAAAACUCUCUGUCAUUUUCAAAGAGGACCAGAUACAUUUUUAUGCAAGACCUCCAGCCUAUUCUGGCCCAGUGCACCUGAAUUUGUUGGCAGGG